UAUUGGUAAAAUUCGAUUGGAUAAAAUCGAAUCUUGAACGAGAAUACUCUCAAAAAUACUCUCGUGUGUAAGUAUGUCAUCAAGGACCGUUUGCCGAGUUUAUGAGUGAGUAUCAAAACAAAAGAUGACACAUUUUUCGAGUUUCUAUACCGCAGUCUGACGUGACAUGGAAAAGUUGCCGAAUUGUGACAGGUCGAUCUUGUCAUGUAAAAUUAUGUUGGUUUCGUCAAAUUAAUUACCGUGGUCGAACGUUAACUCCGAAGCACUUCGUGCGAUGUUGAAUAAGUGAAUUUGGGAGGGCAUCGGUAGCGUUAAAUUAUCAGUGGCGGAUUUAAAAUUUUUUAUUCGAACGUCAGGAUGGUAUCUAAAAGAGUGAAAUAUGCAUUGGCUCACCUUUCUAGAAGAAAACACAUCGCUCUCCUAGCAAGACCGAAUUGGAGACGUAUCGAUAAAACUAAUAUUCACUGUACAGCAGAUCCUUUCGCCGUGCAUCGGGCAGCUCUGAGAUGCCACCCCUCGAAGCGUCUGAAAAUUAUGGCCCAGCCACGGGUUGUGAAUAAGAAAUACGACGCCACAAAACAAGCUUCCGGAUACCCACGAAUUCAUCCGAAGACUCUGAAUGCGAAAUCGAGUAAACGAAUCGUCGAGUUAUCUCUGCCGAAGAGGAGAAUUUUGCUGAUAACGAGGAAACAAUUCUUCACGAACAAGAGAGUUCUACGGAAUAUUGACUCCGCAUUACAAGCAAUUAAAAAAACACGAUAUCACAAGUAUCGACUUCUUUGUAUCACGCAGGAACAACGAACUCUUGCCAGGAUGGCCAAGCUCAAUAAGAAGCUCCACAAGGCUCUUUCGAAACCUGAGGAUUGGGCGAAGCACAGGCAGACAUUGGAGAGAAUCGCAGUACCAAAAGUGUUUCCGGAACCCUGGCGUCCCGAUCGAGGGGAGAAGAAAAGCAUUGAAGAGAUGAAGGAGAGGUUGGAUGUCUUGGCGCUUCCGGUACCGAAGGAAUCGGGCGAAAAGCAAGAUCCGUUUGCGGUUAAACCCAGUGCACUGAAGUACCAGGCCAGCGAGCGCAUCAAAGUAAUAGCGGUUCGAAAGAUAACCGAAGAGGCGUAUCCUCCCAGAGAUCCGACAGCAGUUUCUCCAGCUGCUAUCAAGGCAGUCCCGACCGCGAGAACUUUAAUCCUGGCUAAACCGGCCAACAGACCACCGGGGCGUGAGACUGACCUCAAGGAAGACGCUUUCAGCGUUGUUCCAAGGGCACUCAAGGCCAAGUGUUCAGCUCGCACGAAGAUACUCGCCAAGCCCAAGUCCUAUGGCAAUUCCACAUAAAGUACCAGAGAUAAAACGCCGACACGUCCAGAUAGAUUGACCAACCCGCGUCUUCGGAAGAAUCCUCCUCGAUGGACGGGGGAAACACUGCGGUCCCGCUCGAUCGUGCCACGUGUCGUUUUGUAUCUUUUGUUUCACCAUAAAUGUUUCAUCAAUUAUGAAAGAGAGCGAAGAGAAACAGAGAAAAAAGUAUCAUAAAGGGGAAUAAAAAUAAAAAAAUGUAUGGCAGAUAUUUUUGUGGAACAGGUUCGCUGUGCUCUAUGGCGGGUAUCGUUUUGACAAAUUCAUUGGCAUAAUAUAUAUCUAAUCUUUGAAAAAUUGUGAUUUGGUAAAUUGAUAUG